CCUAAUGCCUGUAAGCGGAGAACGGCAUUGUUUGCAGCAAAGGCUUGGGGCGGUUUGGAACGUUAAUUGGUAGUGGGUGAGCGUGCGGCACUUCAUAUACUAUUAUUAACUUUUGCAGGUACCCGGAACACAGGGUGAAGUCUUCCGCCUGAACCGCACGUUCUGGAACAAAACACAUCAGCACCAUGAUGCAAACGGCGACCAGCUAUGCGGCUCCUCUGCCGGAGUGGCUCUCGGCUGAACACGACAUGGGUACGACGCUGGUGGCGGCCGAGUUCCCCGGCGGCGUGGUGAUCGGCGCCGACUCGCGCACCUCCACCGGCACAUACGUGGCCAACCGCGUCUCCAACAAGAUCACUCGGAUCACGGACUCGGUGUACUGCUGCCGCUCGGGCUCGGCCGCCGACACGCAGGCACUGGCCGACAUCGUCAGCUACCGCAUGGCCAUGCACGAGAUCGAGAUGGGUCAGCCGGCCCUUGUCAAGACGGUCAGCAACACCUUCCGCGAGAUGUGCUACCAGUACCGCGACGACCUGAUGGCCGGGAUUCUGUGCGCUGGAUACGACCGUGUCAACGGCGGCCAGAUCUACUCGAUCCCAAUCGGAGGCAUGAUGGUGCGUCAGAAGGUGGCCUCGGGCGGCUCGGGCAGCACCUACAUCUAUGGCUUCCUCGACAGCAACUACCGCCCCGACUUUAGCCAGGAAGACUGCGUCGACUUCAUCAGGCGCGCCGUGUCGCUGGCCAUCCACCGAGACGGCUCGAGCGGCGGCGUGUGCCGCGUGGCCAUCAUCACUGCCAACGGCGUGGAGCGGCGCACCUUCACCGGCCGCCAGCUGUUCGUGCCGCAGUAGCCAGCUCCCGUCCCGCCGUUCCGUGUCGCAGCGGCUGGGCCGCGGUGAUGGGGACCCCGCUCGCUGCUCGGGCUGCUGCGGAGCCGCCGGCGACGGACACAUCGCUGAGGGCGGUCUCAUCCGCAUUGUAUUUGAUCGGUUGAAAUAAAUACACCAACAACGUGCAACAGUCGCGA